UCUCUGCUGCGGAAGUGACGUAGUGUUGUAUAUGUGUAUAUGCUUUGUAUGUGCUUUUUCCCGUGACUGAAGGAACACUCAAAGCUCAUAAACUUUAUACACUUUGAUUUGGUGCUGCCCGGCACAAGCUCCUGUUUUCCACAGACAGACUCAAAACGGAAGUGGCUGCUCUGGGAGGAGAUGAGUGAUCAGGAUGACCCGGUCAAAUCUUGGAUUCAAAGUCACGGACAGAUCAUGGUCAGUGACUGCUACCUGGACAAUGAAACCAAUGCCAUUUUGGGAGAACACAACCAUCAGCUGCCCUCGAGACAGGACAGUGUCAGCCUGGAGUCUGAGGAUCACCUCUUCCCACUCUUGGAGACUAAGUUGUACAAGCAGCGCUGGCUUAUGCUCCUGAUCUUCUCUUUGUACUCCAUGUGUAACGCCUUCAUGUGGCUGCAGUACAGCAUUAUCAGCAACAUCUUCAUGGACUUCUACAGCAUUGACUCUCUGGCCAUAGACUGGCUGUCCAUGAUCUACUUCCUCACAUACAUUCCCUUCAUUCUGCCUGUAACAUGGAUGCUGGACAAGCGUGGCUUGAGGGACAUUGUGCUAGUGGGCUCAGCCUUUAACUGCAUUGGAGCUUGGAUCAAAACUGGUACAGCAGACCCACACAUGUUUCCCAUGACUGUCUUUGGUCAGUUUGUAUGUUCAGUGGCCACAGUUUACCUCCUUGGCAUACCGUCCAGGCUGGCAUCUUUGUGGUUCGGGCAACAGGAGGUGUCCACUGCCUGUUCCAUUGGGGUUCUGGGAAACCAGCUGGGCGUUGCCAUCGGCUUCUUGGUCCCCCCAGUACUUGUCCCAAAUGUGGAGGACAAAGAUGAGCUGGCACAUCACAUCCGACGCAUGUUCUACAUCACUGCAGGAAUAGCCACCUUCCUCUUUGUCGUUAUUGUCCUUGUCUUCCAGGACAAACCUGAGCUACCACCAAGCCAGGCACAAGCCCAGGCCAGAAGGAUCCAUCCUGAUGAAUAUUCCUACACUGCUUCAAUCUUAAGACUGCUGAAAAACAAAGCCUUCAUGCUUCUGAUGAUCAGCUAUGGGCUCAAUGUUGGCUGUUAUUACUCCUUGUCGACACUGCUGAACCGGAUAAUUGUUGAACAAUAUCCUGGUGAAGAGGUAAAUGCUGGGAGAAUUGGUUUGACUAUUGUCAUUGCUGGUAUGGUUGGGUCCCUCAUAUGUGGCAUGUGGCUCGAUAAGACCAAGACUUACAGACAGACCACUUUGGCUGUGUACAUCCUCUCACUCUCUGGGAUUCUGGUUUUUGCCUUGACUUUACCUUUAGGUCAUCUUUGGUUGGUGUUUGUGACGGCUGGUUUUUUAGGAUUUUUUAUGACUGGCUAUUUGCCUCUGGGGUUUGAGUUUGCUGUGGAACUAACAUUUCCAGAGUCAGAGGGAACUUCUUCUGGUCUGCUCAACUGUUCGGCUCAAAUCUUUGGUAUUAUUUUCACCAUAUCACAAGGAAAGAUUAUUGAUAAAUGGGGCACUUUUACUGGUAACAUAUUCUUGGCUGUCUUCUUACUCAUUGGAACAGCAAUAACAGCAUUUAUCAAAGAAGAUCUGCGAAGACUAAAAGCCAAUACUCAGAAUCCAGUGCAAACGACACCGAACUCUGAAGGAGCUACGGUUGAAGAGCACAAAUAACAUUUAUUUAAGUUACUGAAUACAGCAGCAGAAAAUGCAGCACAACUCCAAACUAAGCUGGACACACUGCUGGUGGCACACUGUAACACACUGUAGUUCAAUCUGCAAACUGCCUUAUAAGCUUAACAACUCUUUAUGUCUGUGCAAUAUAAUAUCAUUAACUGUGAGCAUUUGUAGUGUGGGUUUAGAGGAUAUACUUUUAUUUACAUAAUUUACUGACAGUUUACAGUGAUGUUUAAUGUUAGUGGUGUUCUGACAGUUGAAUCCACUCAGGUUUAUUAUACACUAUUAGUGGCAAUGCUGUAUAUCGACUUAUACAUUUGUUGUCAGAAUAUACUUUUAAGUGACUUGCUUGUAUCUGUUUUUAAGAUUGGGUUAUAAAAGUAUUGCCCAUCAACUCCUAGAAUAGCGCAACUGGAUGCACUUGUUAUUUUAUUCUUCUAUGAAGUCUGUUGUGUGUUUACAAAUGACAAAUAUAGGGCUUUUUAUGUCAUCAGUUGAUGUAUGUCUGUAUUCAUUUACUGUUUUACAAUUAAUUGUUUAAUGUUUUGCAAAAUUUUAUGGUAUUUAUGUCACAUUUUGAACUAAUUUGCAACAAUAUGGACUGUGCCAUUGAAAUGAGCAUUGUCUAGUCUAGUCAUUGAUGUGAUUUGCCAACAAUGGCUAUUUAAAUGUAUUUUUUCUUUGCCUUUUUUGUCUUUUAUUCUACAUAAUGUUAUUAACCAGGAAAGCCAAUAUUGUUGUGUUACUACCACCACAAUUGUGGUGGUAGUAACACAGAACACAGAUUGUGUCGGGCUGGUAGGAACAGCACUUGAUGUUGACUACUUUUUAUAAUAUGUAAUGAUUAAGU